AUGGCGUUCAUUGAAAUCAGUUUCUUGAUUUAUGCCGCGACAUCUGGUAUCUGCGUCUUAAUUUCACUUAAGAAAAAUAUGUUUGAUUUGAAAAUGUGUAUGACUGUAAUCAUAAGCGAAGUGGUUGGAGUGUGUUUUCAUAUUACUGGAGUACUGAUGAUAUCCAGUUGGAACACGGUUUUAACACUUGAAAUUUGGAGACUAUCUUCCAUCGACCCCAAAACCAACGUCAUCAUCCUCCAACCCCAACCUGUAUUGACCGCUCCCAAUCUCGUCCUGACGUUUCUCUUCCUAUUCACUUACAAGGCCUACUGGUGUUACCUAAUCGUGUACAUCCAUGCAAUAAGCACUGAUAGUGUGUAUCAAAAUAGUCAUCAAAACCCAGACUUACCCAAGCCAACAGGCACAUUUCCCAGCAGUGCAAUGACGAUGAGUACGACCACCGUCGACGAAGGCCAUGCCCACAAACACCAUCACAAGAGUCACAAAACCGAGGAAGAUGAUCCGCCGGAUGGUCAGCACCAACAUAAGCAUAAAAAGAAGCACAGUCUUGACGCUGAGGAGUUAUUCAAUGAUGAGUUCAGCGUCGUUGAAGAACCAAAGCGGAAACAUCAUCAUCAUUCAGACGAUCCUCCGACACUUGAUGACAAUGAGUCGAAACAAGAUCACCAGUCGAGUCACGGUCAUCACAAACAUGCAGGAAAAUCUGGACAUCAUAAAAAACACAAAUCAACAUCGGAGGGAAAGCACAAGAAAAAACAUUGACCAAGAACUUUUAUUCACAAUAAUACUUAUUAGUACGUUUGGUUAGCAUUUCCCAUUUUGCGAACUAUUAUAACUCUACGACUUGUUGUAUGACUUUGCAUGUAUGUAAUUUAGUUGUUUACUAAUCCAGGCAGUGUAUUAAAAUAUUC